ACAAGGCCUUGCUGGGUUCCUUUUCCAGGAAUCAGACCCUUGUUAUCUAUGUCUUUCCGAGACUAUUCCCUCAAGGAUGUUUUAGUCGUAGGUACGAGGAUCAUGCAAGCGGGGUUGGAAGGAUUUGAGAUUGUCGCAGCGCAUGGCGAACCUGCCCUUGCAAAGUCCGCAAGCUUGACAUUUCAGACAGCAAGCUGGAGCGCUCAAAACCCGGUUAUCGCUGCCUGCGCGGUUGUUGGCACUACCGGAGUAACGAUUCUGGCCGUUCCUGGCCUUGUAACGGCCCCAAUACUGUGGAGUCUAGGCUUCACGAUGAACGGUAUACAAGCAGGGUCUGCAGCCGCAACCGCCCAUAGUUGGAUCGGAAACACUGUAGCCGGGAGCGCGAUGGCUAUAGGACAGAGUGCAGGGGCAGGAGGAAAUGGUUUGGUCAUCUGGAACGGAGCUGCACAGUUAGGAGGUGUUGCCAUGACUGUGGGAAGUGCCGGUCUAGCUUGGAUCAAAGCUCUAUCAUGAGCCCCACAUGUUUCCAUACUGUAUCCCUCUUUUUAACUGAUCAAGUCGUAAACUCUACGGCCCUAAUUCUGCAUGUCAAAAGUGGUUCUGGCGAUCCGUUCCAUUGCUCACCCUGUAUUGAUGCAUAAUUUGAGAAACACAACAGACCCCUGGUCUUCUUCAAGGCCA